GUUCGUUUCGUGUGUGUUUGCGAUUGUGUUGUGUAUCCAACAAAUUUAAUUAAUUUGAAUUAAACAAAUAAAAAAGAAACUACUAAAUUGGAAAACUAUAAAUUAACAAUACAAAAGAUUCAAUCCUCAUUUUAAAAUGUCAGCCAAGACUUCAACACAGCCGGGACGUCGUACACCACUGUCUUUGAGUGGAACGGUCACCAAAACGCAUCCAAAUAAAGGUGGCGGAAAUGCUGCACAUUCUAGUGGCAACAAUGCUAAUGGACAUUCUACAUCCAACACCAAUAAUAAAAUGCAACAAUCAAAGACUGAACCACAACAAACAGUUAACAAUUCGGACAUUAAAGAAAAUCCCAAUAAAAAGCAACAGCAGGCUGAUAAAAAACAACAACAAAACGAUAAUAAUAAAAAACCGAAUGAAAAAAAUCAGAAUGGUGUAAACAGCAAUAAACAACAAGCUAAUGAAAACAAACAACAACAGAAUAAGGAUAAACAAAUGCAGCAAAAUAGUAAUGACAACAAACUAAAUGAGAAAGAGAAGAAAGAAAAGCCGGAAAAAUCUAACAAAUCCGAUAAAUUGGAAAAACACCAGGAAAACGUGGAAAAGGAAGAAACUAAGCCAAAGGAGGAUAAAAAACCGGAACAAGACAAAGCUGAUAUUAAAAAAGAUGAGAAUAAACCUAAAGAGGUGAAUGAGGCCAAGGAAGAUAAAAAGGAAGCGGUUGCUAAAAGCGACGAGAAAACAGAACUGCAACAACAAGUUAAGAAUGAUGAUAAAAAAUCAAAAGAAGAAACACAAAUUAAAAAUUUCGAUAGAAAACCAGAGGAGGAACAUGUUGACAAUAUGGAGAUUGUAGAAGAACAGCAACCACAACAAAAAUCUCCACCUGUCACACCUAAAACCAACAGUAAGUCUAACAAAACCUCGACUCCUGUAAAUAAAACGCCAACAAAAGCCAGUGAAAAGACCCCUCAGAAGUCGACGCCAUCUAACAGUGCAAUUAAAACUACUCCCGUCACUAAACGGGAAGUAACAUCAACUAUAGAUGAUAAUGAUGAUAUUGAAAUGGAACCAUUGGCCAUUGAAAGUUCCCCCAUAAAAACGUCGGAAACGGGAGAAGUGGCCCAUAUUAAUAUCGCUCCAUCGGCUACAUCAACUCCCGGUAAAAUUCUUUUGCCAAAACGUAAUGCAGCUGUUCCAAAAUCUGAUGUACAAUUGGCUAUGCAAAGUGGAUUAUCGCCCGAACGCCCUAGGGCAUUUUCCCAAAUUUCAGGACGUAAAAGCAUACGCCCAAUAUCGGAUUACACACCCUCUAAAUUUCAAACCAACUCACAAUUUCGUGAAUCCUAUAGACGUAUCAACACUGAAUUGGAUGUCACAAACUCCAGUAUGAAUGUGACAGUAGGUUCUGAAGUUCCCAAUAAUUUGUCAUUUUCCUUCUUUGGCCGUGGACGCAAACGAGAACGUACACCUCCACAACAUUCUCAAUCAGCCAUUGGAGAAUUGCAAACUGAUAUGGAAAUCUCGCCUCCCAAGAGAGCACGCUUAGACAUGCAUGGCUUUUUCAGUGCAGUCGCUUCGCCACUUUCAUUGUUACGCAAUCGUUUCUCUAAGGCUACCUUACAAAGUAGCACUCCCGUUAAGUUGCAACAAAAACUAAAAGAAGCUGAGGAUGAAAUUGAAGUGCAAAAUGUAUCCGGUGUAUCUGUACAUGAAGAAAUUGCUAAAUCCGACAAGGAACAUUCUGAAACCAGUACAACAUCCAAUGAUGAUACUGAUGCCACUUUAGGCGAAGAAGCCAAGGAGACAAAGAUAAAAACCGAUAUUGUAACACCGACAUCAGAUCAAGGUGAUUCAAAAGACAAAGAAUUUACAGAUGUUUCGUUGAAACGUGAAAAAACCUGCGGUAUGGAACAAACAUGCGAACAGUCUGACAUUAAAAUCACUGAGACUCCUUUGCAGCCUGCUGUCGGAGAUCCUAUGGCUAAAAACAAAAGAUGUGUUGUUAUGUAAACCGAUAAUAAUUAUUAUCAUUUAGAGUUAAUUUGUAAUGUAUAAUUAUCAUCACCUUACAUAUCCCCAAUACCUGCCCCUUCCCUUCUUUAACAGAUAUGUAUUAUUUUAUGUCGUCUGUAAUUUAGAGAGCUCAAACAUUUGGAUGCAAAAUUUAUAAAAAAAAAAAUCAAAGUACAUUGUAUAAAAAUGUAUUUAAAGCAUUUUUUAAAAUUUAGUUUAUAAGUAAUUACAUAUAUGAUAAAUGUUUCGUUUUCUUAAUAUAAAAAGAAAAAAGAAGCCACCAAUCGGAGCUCAUUUUCUACAAACUAUAAACUAUUUCUUUUUACAUGUCUUUUUAUUCAACAAAAGACAUGCAAUAACAAAUAGUUCAACUUUUUGUAAAAGAAUUUAUAGUAAUUCUUUAAAUUUAUGCAUUUUUCUUUCAAAAAAAAUUUGAGUUUAAAUUUAAAAUUUUUCAUAUAAAUAAAAAUGCAUCUGUCAAUUUAUAAUUUCCAAUUACAAUUACCUUUAUGUUUUAUUGCAAAUAUAUAAUUCAGUUUUUGUGCACACCUUAACAAAUGUAACAAUUGGCUAACAUAUUUAAAGCAUUAAUUUUAAUGAAAUCAAAUCAAAUUUUUAAAUAAAAGUGAUUUUUAUAAUAAAAUAA